CACGAGAUUUCAAAAUGGACCGCGAUCUCGGACUCAGGAGCUCGGUCUCAUUCAAAAGUUCCCCCUUUUCUUUUGAAUUUUACCGCAAGAAUCGUUGGAUCUGAUAACGAUGGCCACUCCAAAGUCACGCGAGUUGUUUGUUUCUUCUCUCCUUCCUCAUAGUCACAUGCUUUAUCUCUUCUCACUCUGUCGCUUUACUAAUCUCCAACCCUAACCCUAACGCCGAACGAAUCCCGAGGAUCUGUUUCUUGAUUCUAACUAUGUAAUUGGGAUCUGUGCGGUUUCUUAAUUAGGAAUCAACCCUCAAUUCCAUUUGAUAGGGACCAAUUUUUCUGGAUUUGGAUCGCCAUGGAAGGAGGCAGUGAAAUGGAACCCAACCCCUUUUUGAGUUUGUUUGCGGCUGUCUCUUAUGGAGUUGCAUCUAUGGCCAUGGUUUUCAUUAAUAAGGCAGUUCUCAUGGAGUAUGCUUACUCCAUUACUCUUCUCACAUUACAGCAAUUGGCGACAACUCUUCUCAUACACUUUGGUCGAGUCAUGGGUUACACAAAAUUCAAAGAUGUAAACAUGGCAACUGCAAAGAAACUUCUCCCAGUUUCCGUCUUCUACAAUGCAAAUGUAGCAUUUGCAUUGGCAAGCUUGAAGGGAGUGAACAUUCCAAUGUACAUUGCAUUGAAGAGACUUACGCCACUUGCUGUCUUGUUGGCAGGAUUCUUUUAUGGAAAAGGGAAGCCACCGUUGCAGGUAGCACUUUCAGUUUUACUUACUGCUAUCGGUUGCAUCAUUGCGGCAAUAGGGGACUUUUCUUUUGACCUCUUUGGGUACUCCAUGGCCCUUACUUCUGUUUUCUUCCAGACGAUGUAUCUGGUGCUGGUCGAGAAAUCAGGUGCAGAGGAUGGACUCUCAUCAGUGGAGUUAAUGUUCUACAAUAGUUUAUUGUCACUUCCGUUUUUGUUCUUCGUCAUUAUAGCGAAUGGAGAAUUUCCUUAUUCGCUAUCUUUAUUAGUUGCAAAGGCAAACUACUUAUCAUUCUGUGUCAUUCUUAUUCUUUCAUUGGUGAUGGGCAUUGUUCUGAACUUCACGAUGUUUUGGUGCACCAUUGUCAAUUCAGCUCUAACUACGACCAUUGUUGGUGUCCUCAAAGGGGUUGGGUCCACUACACUUGGAUUUGUACUGUUAGGUGGCGUUCCAUUACAUGGUCUCAAUGUCACUGGAUUGGUUAUCAACACGGCUGGUGGGAUGUGGUAUACAUACGCUAAGUAUAUGCAGAAGAAGAAAACACCCAGGAAGGUAAUAUCAGAUGAGGAAGCUCAUCAAAAAAAGGAAUAUACACCAAAUCAGUAGCUUCGCUUCUCUUCUUGAUUUUUUUUCCAUCAAUUGUUAAAAGGUAUAGCAUGUUUUCCCUUUUGCAAUCACUAUGUGAAGUAAAAAAAAUGAAGUUACAUUUACAGAGACAUGCUGAUUCUUGAUGUGGAUAAAGGUUUUGAAUUUUCCGGCUGCAAA